AUGCUGAGGAAUCUUCUGGGACGAAGCCUAAACUUCACCUAUAGGCGAGGGCUUCAAACAGCAGAUAGAGAAGUUACAGAUAUUCCAGACAAACUGUUUUCAAAAGUUCAAAUCGAAGUCAGAGGUCACGACAAAGCUGUAUUGUUGUCAUACACUAAUUUUAUUAAGGUUAGUUUAAUUUUAGGUCUAAUUUUUGGAGUUUUUAGGUAUUAAAAAGUUUAAAAAUUACAUUUAAAGUCAUAAUUUAUUAUUAGGAACAUUAAAAAAAGUAUAUCCGCGAAAAUAAAAUUUAAAUUUUCUUCGUGACCAUGAUUUUUGAUUUUUUUUUCAUUUUGAACUUUUAGGUUUUAGGUAUACAUAAUUUACAUGAUUUUGAAAUUUAGGUAUUAGAAGCUAGUUUCUUACAGAUUUGAAUUCUAAUUUUUUUCCACUUUCUUCCAAUUUUCAGAAUGCAUGCAGCCUCUUGAACAUUGAAACCUCGAGUGUCCGCCAUCUUCGCUACAGCAAAUGGAUCCAACCUCUACUUCGUGCCAAAUUCGCUCGCAAAAAGUACAAACUUCACUACGAAAUUCGAACUGAAAAGAAACAAAUUGAUCUUUACCAUUUGACCGGUAGCACAUCGUCCACAUUCUUGGAGUACGCUCAACGUAAUAUCCCAGAAGGCGUGGCAAUGAGGGUAGACUACACCGAGAUCUGCCCCUUAUCUGAACCGGUGCAAAAAGCUUUGACACAAUAG